AAAAAAUGUUUUUAUUGCCAAAUUUUAUUUAUUUAAUGAAAAAUGUUUUAUUUGUUGCCUUAAUAAUCCUAAUGAUUUUGAUUUUCUGCAAUUUGCUUUAUAAAUUUCUACCAUUCCCUACCAAUCAUUCACGACUUGAACUUCAAGGAAAGACUGUCUUGAUUACCGGAGCAAGUUCUGGUAUUGGGCGGGAAAUUGCGCGUAUUAUGCAUGCAAAACUGGAGAAAAUUUGUGCUGAAUUGGAUAUUCAUAAUAAAUAUAAUGGUAACAAUGAAAAACUUUAUCGCCCUUCAUUUUUUCGUCUCGAUUUGGAAGAAGUUGCAAAUAAUGAAGAAAAGUUGGAAGAAUUUGUAAAAACAAUUAAAUUAUUACUUUCUAAUACUAAUCCUAAUAAACCUAAAUUGGAUGUUUUAAUAAACAAUGCGGGACAGAUGGCUUACGGUUCUGGCCAGCGAAUGAAUCUUAACGUUCUCAAGCGGAUGAUUGACGUUAAUUUUCUUGGUCAUGUUGCCAUCAGCCAACAACUUAUGGAUUGGAUUCCUGAUGAUGGGGCAAUCGUUCUAGUUAGUAGUAUUGUUGGACGUGUUGCUCUUCCCUAUUUAGGAGCUUAUUCGGCUUCAAAACAUGCAGCUCAGGGUUUCUUCGACAGUCUCCGCGCUGAAGACCGUCCGCAACUUCAUAUUUUAACAAUUAGUGUUGGUUAUGUCAAUACAUCCCUGGCAAUAAAUUCGUUAAAUGAGAAAGGCAAGACAAUUGGUCGAACAGAUCCUGGACAAGUUGCUGGAAUGAGUCCUGAAUAUUCAGCACGCGAAAUUGUUGCAGCUAUUGAACGUCGUGAAACAGACCUAUUGUUGGCACCAUUCAUUCCACGUUUACUGGCGACUAAGUCUUCGUCUUGCCACACCAAAUCUUCUUUGGUUUCUACUCCAUAGACGAUUUCGGAAUAUUUAUGGAAAUUUUGGAAAAUGCUGUGAAGAUUAAUAAUUUU